UGGCGGGCGUGAGGUCAGAGGCAGUUGGAAAAAGGGAACACGGGCAAGAAUGGCCGCCGCGGCUCCAGCUCAUGCCGGAGCCCUCGCUGCACGGCGGAGCGCCGGGAGUCCGCCGCGAACUCGACUCCUGGCGGCACGGCUCAUGCACUGUGUGGGUUUUGAAAGUAUUUUAGAAGGGCUUUAUGGACCAAGGCUACGAAGAGACCUCAGUUUAUUUGAAGACUGUGAACCAGAAGAAGUAACUGACUGGUCUAUGGAUGAAAAAUGUUCCUUUUGUAAUUUACAUAAAGAAACAGUCAGUGAUCAUACAGCAGUUCUUGGUUCUUUGCAGUCAGCACCUACAGAGGAACUAUCAUCUCAGGGCCAGUCCAACACUGAUAAAAUUGAGUGCCAAGCAGAGAAUUACCUAAAUGCACUCUUUCGCAAGAAAGAUCUUCCUCAGAACUGUGAUCCUAACAUUCCCCUAGUUGCUCAGGAAUUAAUGAAAAAGAUGAUCCGUCAAUUUGCAGUUGAAUACAUUUCAAAAAGUAGUAAAAUGCAAGAAAAUAGAAACGGUUCAUCAUAUGAUAUGAGUCUGAUACGCAAAGAUAUCCUGAACCAAACAGAAAAUUCACUUCAGGAAGAACAGGAUAGCCCUCUAGACCUCACUGUGAAUCGAAUACAAGAGCAGGAUACUCAGCAAGGGGAUGGAGUGCUAGAUCUCUCUACAAAGAAAACAAGCUUGGAACAGUCAGCAUAUGAUGGAUCAUGUUCAGAAAACUCAGUGUCUGGUUCAAGUACAGCAGCUGAUGCAAAAUCAGAGGAAACAACUAAAUUGGAAAGAGGAAACUCUACUCUAAGCAAGGUUUUGGCAUCGUUAUGCUCAUAUCAUUGGCAUCAGAUUUUAGCUAUGUUGAAAUUUUUAAACCAGGACCGAUGUGUUCAUUCAGUAUGUAAUUGCCAACUCCCACUUAGUAUAUUUUCUGAAACAGCUGAAGAUCAUGUGCACAUUCCAAUCUGCAGUUGUGAUAGCAACAUGCUAAUAAAAAGGUGCUGUUUACAGAAUCAAAGACCAAAUACUUGUUUACCACCUCUGUCAGUCUGUGUGACCAAUAUGGAUUGCUUGUCGUGCCAGUCUGUGGCUGUUGGACACUUUAACACUGUAGUGAGCAAGAGGAAUCCUGUGCCUUGUAGUCCUCAUGGAUGCUGCCCCAAACAGUUACAACAAAGUAAAAUCCACUUGGCAAAACCUGCACUUUGUAUGCAUCUCUGCUCAACAGGGCAAAAGAUGAAUAAAGCUGACAGAGCCCGCAGCCCUUCACCACCUUCUUUAUCACCUGUAGAAACUGAUGAAUAUGAUUCCUUGGAAGAAUCAAUUGAAGAUUCCCUUUCCUUAGGUAACACACUUGAAAUGAAUAGUAACCAGCCUCCAUCCCUCUUGCCAGCUGAAAAAAGUUUUUCUGCAUGUGAACAGAAAGAUAAUAUAUGCAUCACAGAAGGAGCUGGUAAUUUGGAUGAAACUCUUCUAAGUGCAAAUCAAGAAAAUAGCCUUAUAAAUUCUGAUAAGCUUGAACAAGUUGAAAAUUCCCCUUUUCAAGACUUAAUGGAUAGAAUCAAUGAGAAAUUAAAAUCAAUAGAAACUACUGAUACCACAAAUGUUACGAGGUUAUCUAAAAGUGAUGGAAAAACAGAAGCAGAUACUAAAUUACGGAGCUUCAUAACUUCUCUCUUACAUGAUGCUAAGCCAAAUGAUUACAGUUUUAUGGAGUUACUGAACCAACAUGACAAAGAGAUAGAAAGUAAAAUUAUCCAAACAAGAUUUAGAAAACGGCAAGAAACUUUGUUUGCAAUGCACAAGUCCCCUGAUUCGUCUCUGUUUAGACGCCAGUCUUUGCAGAUCAAGAGAGAACUUGCUAGUCUGGAUGAAACUUUCAUAAGGAAAAAGGCAAGUUCAGAGAGAAAUGUAAAAAAGCUUACAAAAAAUGACAAACUAUCGCCAAACAAAAUUGCCCAACAUAGUACAUUAAACAACCUUGCUUUACAAAAUCAUGAAAAUAAAGAGAAACUAUUUUCUUCCAUCAAGUCAAAGUCUCUGCCAGUAUGUCCACAAGAAUCACUUGAACUACCUCUGAAUAAUUCAGGAACCAAUUCCGGUUUCGUGGCAUUUUCAGAAAAUAAUAGUACAACCUCCCAAACUCACUUGGUUGAAAUUCAUGGCAAUUGUGGAGUUGAUUUGCAUAUGGAUCCUGUCCCUGUGAAGAGAGAUGACAACAGGUUGCUGGAUAGAACCAAACAUACUGUUAUCCCUCCCAUGUGGUGCUCUGUAUAUGUAACAAACAAUUUUUUAGCAAACCCCCAUCCCUAUUGCACGGAAAAAGAUAAAACUCUUAUAGAUUUUCAGGCCAAAACAUGUAGCAGUGAAGAUAUAAAUAAGGUUGUGCGAAACACAAAUCUACAUGUUGUUGUAGAGCGUUUGGAAGAUACGUUAAAUAUGGCCCAAAAGGCUAAAAAACCUUUUUUUAAUGGUUAUACAAUAACCAGCAAACUGAAAGACAUUCACAAGUCUGAUGCCAACAAAAAUUCUAAAAGUGGCCUUUUUUUUAGCAUGAGUGAAACUGGAAGUAAGGGACAAUAUGUACUAUCACAAGCUCAUGUGCCAUUUAGCAGUACGAGCAGCAAAGAAUGUAUGCCAACAAAAGAAAAAGAAAUAACUGACCGAGGGUAUAAAACCCCUUGGAAAUCAUCAAAUACAUUUGAUUCAGAUGUAUUGACUUCUAAUAACGAGGACUUGCAAAGAAGUUCUGAUGCUGGGGAUAAUUCAUCUACAACACUAAAUUACACCAGUCCUAUAAAACUGAUGUUUCUUUCAGAAAUUAACAGUAGUGAAGGGGUCAAAUACACACUAAAGUCUGUAAAUGAUUCUUCAAAAUUAAACAUUGAUUUUUAUUCUCUUCACGAGAAAACAAAUGUACCAUCAGAAAAACAAUCAGAAACUAGGGAUCUUGGUAAAAAUGUUUCAGUUGAAGAAUGCAGUUAUAGUGAAAAUGGUAAUAAAGAUGAAGUGAAUUCUGUUUUUCCUACAACUAAUGAAACAAGCAUCAGUGAACACGGGCCAAGUGAAGAAUCCAUAGAACAAAGUUGCAACGGAUCAUCCCUGAAAAGAAAACCUGGCCGACCAAAAAAAAUAGGUCCCCAAGUUGUGAAACAGUUCAAGCGACCAAUUGGUCGACCUCCAAAGCCUAAGGUGGCUGCUGCUGAAAAUACCUGCCGCUUAAGUAACUCCACUAGUAGUAAGAAAAGUGGAAGCUCUAAUGCUGGGGUCUUAGAGGAGGAGAGCAUUAACAAAAAUAUUACUGUGACAAUUGUCUUUGGAAGAUCACGAAGGACUAAGAGGUGUGUUUCAGAAGGAACUGUAAGUGUAGUCAGCGUGGUACGAGAUCCUCACCGUGAUUGUGAUGUUCUGUGUGAAUCUGCUCAGCUAAAGAACUCAGAUACCAGGGACAGCUUGUUUAAAAACAACAGUAUGCCAAAUUCUGCAUCUGGUUAUGAGUACGUUAGACCUCUUGAAAGCAGCCCAGUAGUAGCAUCUCAUUGCAGCAACAUCAUAAGACCAAACCAGAAGCCCUUAAAUAUAAUUAGAAAACCUGGCAGACCAGCAAAAGUAAAAAUAUCUGGCAUAUCAGUGACUGUUAAUCAGAUUUCAUCUCAGGAAAGAAAAGUGAGUAUUAGCAGCUGCCUGCCUCCUUUAGAAAAAGAGACUGUGUUAGAAAAAAAGGAAUCUUUUAAAAAGGAGAAUAACGAGUGCAAUAAGAGGUAUGUUGCUGAAACCAUUUUGAAUGACACAGAUGAGGAUUUUUCACGUGAGAAGAUUUUAGCUUCAAAAAAGCCCGAAAUUCCUUUGAGGCAGUCAGUUAGAGAUAGAAGACCCUCACUGCCUUUCUUACAUUCACUAGCAUCUGCUAGCCCACUAUCUUGCAGACGUGCCUUCCUACAGAAAUCAUAUAAAUUCUGUUUGAAAAAUGUUAAAAAUCAAAAAAUACAGCAUCCCUCAAGCAUGAUGCCAAAACAUACCUCAAUAAAUAAAGAUCCAGAAAAUGCAAAAAAGAGUGCUGAGCAUAAUAAAUCCAGGUCCAUUCACGAAAUGUCAUUAGACCCCAUCGUUUCAUCAAAUUCUCUUAGGUGGUGGGAUCCUUCCAUUUCUAAUGAUUCCUUGCUGAAAGAACUGAACAGUAGAUAUGACCAGAUAACAAGUACUUGGCUAAAUGUAAAUGGAGAAGAGUUUGGAAAACGUCUGUAUGAUGAAGAGUGUCACACUGAACAAGACUGUAGCAUUAAUGUAUCAAACCCUUUGGAUUCCUGCAUUUUACAGCUUGAACAUUCACCUAUAAAAAUGCUUUUCCAGAAAGAAUGCAAUAUAGAUGACUUGCGCACAUGGUUUAUGCAAACAACAGAAACACAGUCACUGUCCUUAGUGAGAAAAGCAAAUGCUCGCAAUCCUUUUGAAGUAAUUAGUACAAAGCAGUUUAAAAUGGGAACAAGACAGUAUGAUUGUAAUACUAGUCCUUUGAGAAAGCACUUUAAAAAAUUUGCACUAUCCACACCUUCAAAGUCUGCAGGAGAUUUACAAAUUCUACAUAAGAUAGGAAGGUCUCAAGUCUUAAAGAGGAAACAUAAGUAUACGUUAGCUAAAUUAAGAAAAAACAGAUUUGAGAACGGACAGCGUGAUCGGUGGAGACAAGUGAAAAAAUUGUACAGUCAUGGAACAAGUGACUGGAAAUCAAAAAGGAGAAACUUGCGAUUCUUUUGCCGAAGCCAGUGUUUUGCUAAUGGAAACAGGAAAAUUAGCAACCAAAUGUGCGUGAAUCACAGGAAUUGUACCGUACAAUCUAAUUCAUCCUCAGUUUUGAUAGAACCUCAUACAGUCACUUCAUCAACUGGAAAUGAAAUCAGAGAUGCAUUCUACCAACAGAAAACACAAUCGUGUGGCCUCAGCACUAACCCUGAGUUAAAAAAUAAUUGCACAUCAAGCAUACAGCCAGACUAUUGCAACCAGGGAAACAGUGAAAAAGUGCGGGCCCCGGGUUGGAGAGACAAAACCUUUAAGAACUGUAGAAUAUUUUUGAAGAAGAUCAAUCCUGUCGAAGAGCAAUUGUCAUUUAAUACAAAUCCUGUUGUUUGUACUCCAGAAUCUGUUAGUCACAGUUACUUUCAGGAGAAAAGACACUGUACUCUGAGGUCCCAUUCCACUAAGCAAAGUAUGUCUGAUAGUUAUGAAAACGAUGCAGAAACAUCUAAAGCAGCAAAAUAUUCCACCUUGGUUAAAGGAAUGCAUGUUGAACAAGACAGCAGGAAAACAAGCAAACGCGUCACCUUUGAUGAUGGCCCUACCGAGGUUCCUAAAAAAAUUAAUAAGCGGGGGAAGACACAGUGCAAGCUCACUGACCUGGAUGUAAGAAAAGGGAAUAAGAAGCAGUUAUGCAAUGCUGGCCAAGUAUCAAGUUGUUUCUCAAAAUACCAAAUAGGGCCUCUUAAACCUGUUGGAUUGCCUUUGCUGGGUGGAUUUGCAAGCAGAGCUGUUGAAUACUCCAUGAUCCCAUUUCAGUUGCCUCUUCAUGGAAGCUCCCAUGUCUGACAGCAAAACUCAUGAAUUAUCAAGAUGAGUCCCUUUAUCACAUAGUCUUUGAUUAGCAUGCAGUACUGUGAAUGAUUGUAAAAACUUGAGCAAGUCAUUGCUUGUAGUAACUAAGCAAAUCUGCUUCAAAGAGCUAGACACCUUUCUGGAAAGAGGUAAAGAACUAAAUUCCUUUCUGGAACCUGUGAUUUAAUCAUGUUCCUGUUGAAAGUCUUGCAAGGCAGCAUGAUCCACUUGGGUAAGAUCUUCUGAUAUUUAGGCACAGUCUACUGGAAAGCUGUCCUGGGAGAUUGGGCCUGUUCCUGUUACAGGAAAGCAUCUUAUGACUUCAUUUCUGAAUGUGCAUGCCAAAGUCUCUUAAGGAUGGUUAGCCAUUCCAUUGUGAUGCCCAGAAGUUGCAUGUUUGGCAAUCUAGUUUCCAGAUUCCCCCCCCCCCCCCCCCAUAUGAUUAAAUUGUUGUCAAACGGUUUUUAUGUGACAUUCUGCAUGCAUCUUUAAGAUGCAUGUCUGUCUUUUAAAAAGAAAGAUGAAAAUACCCGUGCUGAAGGUAUUUGUUAUAGCAGCUUCAAAAAUCUUUCUGGUGUAAUUGAGACUGCUACAGUGAGCCCUUUGUUUUUAUAUGUAUAUUUCCUUUGUGUUAUUAUUAGCUUUUGGUCUGCAGAACUUCCUUAAAAUUUCCCCUUUGGUGGGGAACUUGAUCAGCAACCUGUUUGCUACAAGGGAUCUCUAAUUGACACUUCUGCACUGUUACCUCACCUGAGACAGACUCACAGGAAUCUAACUCUGGAAGCUGUUGUUUUACUAGAUACCACAGAGAAGACAACUUCAGCAUUCCUGAGAGACUUAAUGGAGAAAGUGAAGAUAAGAUUUUGAUUGGGAUUAACCUUGUUUGAAUCUUAUUUUCCAAUGCUGGGUUUUCUCUAACCAAUUUAGUCAACCAAUUCAGUUUGUCUCAGAUAAGCAAGGCUGGCCCAAGAUGUUUUGCUACCUGAAGUGAAGGGCAAGAUGACACCAUUCCUCUUAUUCCAAGCUGCUAGCAGUAUCAAAGCUGUUGGCAGUUGCAUCUUACUGCAGUCCUAUCAGUGAAACAGCAUUUUCCACUGUACUUGAGGAUAACAGAGCUUAGGAAGUAUAGACCACAUGACACACAUAGCUCUGUUUAUCAGUACUUCACAAUUCCAGCCCAGCACCUGUUGCCUGAAGAAGCUGCCUUACUGCUAAUGGUUGGCCUAGUCUUGUUUUGGCUAUAUUAGCAGAAGCCUGCUUCUAUCCAGAAAUCUCCUUUAUUGGUCUGGGACAUCCAUCUGUUGAACAAAAUAUGACAUGUAACUAGGUGCAGAGGGAGCUGGAGUCUCUUAAACCAGGGCUCUUAUCUCCUGGUGAUGAUCUUAGUGGAGCUUGAAAUAUGUAGGGCUUCCAAUAAUAAACCAGCCCUUGCAUCCAAUUAUCAGUUUGCUAUUCAUGGCAUAGAAUAGCAGUCCAUAAUCAUGUGCUUAUCUCCUUUCAUAUCAGUUCCAGAGGACAGGAAUCAUGUGGUUUUUCUUUCAUUGUGACUUUCAUCUAAGUGGGAGCCAUAAAGGUGGGUGAGGUUUCUUUAUUCAUUCUUGCUCCUAUUCAUAUUUGUAUAUCUUCUGUAUGAAGGUUAUAUAAUAAAACCAAGGAACAGAGAGAAAAUUUAGUGAUCAUAGCUAAACAAAGGCCUGAAACAGACAGGCCAAAAGUGCCAAUUUCAGUCAAAUCCGAAGGCAUGGUGUUCAGAUGACGCACACCCCAGAUGCACUGUGGCUGCCUCAAGUGGUUCACACCCAGCACAAAUAGGAGCGCAAAAGAAGCACUCCCUUCUGGUAGUCCAUUGUGGACCGCGGAGGCAGCCAGACUUGGGACUGCGGCAUCUGGUUGCCACAGUCCCAUGCUGAACAAGUGAUCCUCUGGCUGAUCCUUUUGCCCCAUCUGCUCAAGGCCAAAGAUCACGUGACUCCUGCAUCUGGAACUGGCAUGAAAGGAUGCAACCCAGGUGACUAUGGAUUGCUCCUCUGCAAGUUUGACUAUUCACAGUGAGUACCAACAUCAUAUUAUGUAUCUCAUCUUGGUUGUGGGGCACUUUGGGUGGAUUAUACAAAUUUCCAAGAGAUUAGUUUUGGAAAAUUUUCUUAGGCUCAAGGGAAAGAUGAAAUUCUUCCAUGAGGUUGAAAUAUUUCCUUCUCUUGCCCACCCCUAGAACCAAACUAGUGAAGCCUACAACUAGCAAAGACAAUCAUGUAUAUCUGGACUCAUGGUGUAGUCUGCAAGCCUUUCCUCCCAGCCUGAGAUAUCUGUAGGGGAGCAAGAAACAGUGUAGCAAGAAGAGGUGUAUGCACAUGUAUAUUAUUUGAAUGCUUCUUUAGUACCUGAGAUAUACAGUCUGUUGUUUAGCUUUGCUUGAUAAACUGAUUAUUUUAAAGGUCAUGGCAUAUUAUAUAGCAUAUAAUAAAUAAUACUAGGCAGUUCUUAAAAGAAGUCUGUAAUUAUCUGUUCAUCUGCUCAUUUUUUCAAAUUAUAUUUUAAAUAAAUGUAUAAAAAUGUCAGAACAUUUUAAUGAUUUGUAAUGAUACAAUGUAAGUAGAAUAGACAGCAUAUUGCAAAGUUACAGCUGGCAAAAAUAACUGUAAGAUAAAUCUAUUUUAGCUGCUUGCUACAUUACCUGUUCCAGCUGAGCUAUGUCAAACCUUUGCACUAUAAGGUAUAAUUAUGCCAUCUGUAGUGAAAAAAGGCAUCUAUAUACCUUUUUAAAUUGUUAAUUCCUUUGUGUUACUGCCUUGGGGUUUCUACAUGUGCACCCCAUAUUCUUGCUGGCCCAAUAAUUGAUAAGAAAAAAGAGAGAGAAUUGCCUUGAUUGCAUUCCUUUUCCCCAGAAGAGAGGAUGAUGACAGAUUUCAGAAGCACAAUAUGCACAGGUAUAAGGGGGGGGGAAUAAAAACAAAAAUAAACUACACAGAAUAAGAAUAAAUACAAUAAUGGGAGUAAAACAAUUAUACACUUCAGUUAAAGGCAUGAACAUUUUAAAAAUAUUAUCCACGUGGAGUUGCUGUCUGUAUGACACACAACUAGAUGCUGAAAGGGUUGAAAAAAUAAGGUCCUCAGUCAGUUGAAUAAUAGGAGAUGGACAUGUUUUCUAAGUGCUGGAACAUAUGCCUUUUACUUAUAGUAAUGGCAUGAAAAAUGCAUUACCACUGACCACUAGUUAAUUUCCAAGAAACAGGCAAAUAGUUUAAAAGCAUAAUCAAAACUCAAGCUGACUUUAAAUUCUCGAAUCCAAAAGCUGUUAUAAUUGGACAUAUCUGGAUUGUGUUUAAAAGCUGUACCAGGUGAUUUACAAUGCCAGCAAUAAGAACACUUUACUGAAAACUUUACUGAAAAGGACUUAAGGUAUCAACAUACCGGAAUAUUUUUGCUGAGUAAGAGGCUGUACAGACUGGCGUUAUAUGCUGGCCUCCGGGCAGAGUGAGGACAUGGCAUACGCAUGAUGCACACUCUAAUACUGCCAUCAUGCCGUGCGCCUGACUACACAGUGGGUGGUGUCACGGCAUUCCUUUGGCGCUGCGUCCAGAUGACACAGCACCAAAAGGAGCAGCUGAAAGUGCCACUGCGGCAGCAAAGGCACCUUUCCCCCAGCACAAAAAGGAGCGGCAUUUUGCCGUUCCUUUUAGCAUUGGGGAAAGGCCAGAUUGGGUCCGCAGCAUGUACUUGCUGUGGCCGUGAUCUGGUGCUGAAAGGGUCGGCAACAGGCCGCUCCAAAGGGGCAAUCUGUUUAGCCACUCAGUCACAACUUAAGAUUGAACAAUAAGUAUAGAGGCCAAGAUCCCAAUCCAUUGAUUAGGCAAAAUAGGGUAGUAAACAAAUAUUUAUUUAAAAUUUUGUGGCUGUUGUUUUUCUGUAUGGAUUUCCAAAAGCAAAUUAAAAGCAAGGUGUUCAAGGUUACCAGGCAAUAUUUAACAAUGUGAAGUCUCUCCUCUUCUACUUCUUCCUUUUCCCAAUUUGCUCCAAAGACAUGUUGGCUAUCAAUUAAUUCAGUUUAGCAGAAUAGCCCUACAGAUUAAUAUUCCACAACAGGUAAUGACAUCUAGGCACCACCAGGAUAGACAGGCAGCAAAUGAAUUGUGACAUAUUGUUUUCCAUUGGCAUCAGCUCCGAUUUUUAUCAACUAAUUAAAUACUUAAUUGAUGGGUCUCCAAAAGCAUUAAUUACCUGAAUGUUUGAGACUGAAAAAAUGAAAAGUAAAUUUCAUCUCCCUAAAGAAUAGUUAAACAUUCACAGGAAUUGUACACAAAGCCAUGGAUGUUACUAGUCUGUCUAAUGGCAUAGAUAAAAGGUCCUAAACAUAACUCAAAUAUACAAGUAGAAAGAGAACAAUCCUCUUUCAAGGAGAAAUAGUGGAAAAAAUUUGUAAAUAUCCACAUCUUGGAAGUGAAUGAGGAAUUACAGUGGGCCCUUGGUAUCAACUGGGAUUUGGUUCCAGUAUCCUGCGUGGAUAACAAAAUCCAUGAAUGCUCAUGUCCCAUUAUAUUUAGUGGCACAGUAAAAUGGUGCCUCAUAUA